AUGAACACUGUGCCACCGGACAAGGACUGCCAGACAUGCCGACGUCGUCGCAUUCGAUGCGACCGAACCAUGCCGGGCUGCUUGAAAUGCGCAUCUCGGAGUCUCGAGUGUCCCGGGUAUGGCAUGGAUAUCAGAUGGAUCCAAGGAGCCGUGGCAUGGCAUCGUACCCGACGAAGCCAGUCAUCGGGUGGUCCAGCGGCUACAGCCACAUCAUCUGACGCAGGUCCCUCAGCACGGACAUCGCAAGUACCAUCAAACGCACCUUCCCCAGCUCAUGCCACCGACACCGAGCCUACGACCGAGUCCACUACUCCGCAAACCAACCCCAAUCCGAAUUGGUGGCUCAGGCUCGAUCUGCCACCUUCGCUCUCCACGCCUACUAAUCUUCGACUCGCACAACACUAUGUAACGAACCUGGUCCCACGGCAAAUCAGGGAUGUGGACAUGGGCUGCGACAAGUUCUGGCCACAAAUGACACUACUCGCCGCCUCGUAUCUAGGGGCAAUGUGCGCGGUCCUCGCAUACACGGUGAACGAUCUACUGUUCGCUCAAAGGCCCAGCCCUACACCCGAGCAAGCGGCUCAACUACGCCAAACGCGCCAGCAGCUCAACGACCGAGCCGUACGAUACUUGAGCGAAGACAUGGCAGUGAUGACUUCCAACGGUGGCGCGUCAUUCUUCGCCGAACAGCCAAGACGAGCACGCGCGAUGGUUGCUGCGAUGCUGCUACUGGCUCGGACCGGCGACUGUGACGAUCAGGAUGAUGUGCUGGAGCUGCAUAUGCGUGCAAUCAGUGCCAUGAUUGCGAGCUGGAGCUCAGUCGUUGGGCAAGACGCGUUGCGGGACCCGUUCAUUGACAAUGUGCUGAAGCACUUGGGCAAGAAGUGGGGUGAAGCGAAGCGGGAGGAUGGUGAGGAAGUGAGGUGGGAAGGUGGUGAGGAAUGA